AUGCCCGUGUUUCAGUCUCGAAAAUUCCGUCCCUCUAGUUACGACUCCUCGAUACCCGCCAAAUACCGCGCAGCGCUCGCACGGCAUCCUUUCGCGCUCUUCGGACUUCCCUUCAUCGCAACGAUGGUCCUCGGAUCUUUCUUCCUCACGCCCGCAACGGCCCUACGAUACGAGAGACAUGAUCGGAAAGUAAGACAGAUGACGAAGGAAGAAGAGUUAGGAAUCGGGAAGGACAAGCGCAAGAUUGAUUUGAAGGAAGAGUAUUAUGUGAGUACACGUAGAUGGACCAAGCUCGAAUGAGGUCUGGUGCCGAAGAAUCUCUCGCUGAUGGAUCGUCGCAGAAACUGGCAGCGAAGGACCUGGACAACUGGGAACAAAAGCGAGUCAAGCGGUUACCUGGAGAACAUGACGGGAUACUGUAG